AUACAUAUAUAAAAUAUAAAUAAAUAUAUAUAAAGUAAUUGUAAACUUAUAGUUAAAAAGUACUGCUAACAAAUAAACAAAUCGCAUUCGGUUGACUUCCACUAUUUUGCCAAAGCAGCAGAAACGUAUCAGUAGGUGGCAAGUCAGCCGACUCGGACAAUUCGUUUGUAAGGUGUCGAACACUGCGCGUCUUUCGUUUAUAUUGUUAUACUCGCCGCGUUAGAAUUUCGAAAAUAGACCUCUAGGACAACGAUUGUUAUCAGAAGAUGUACCGCGGUCUUCUGAUUUUUGUUCUUGUGUGUUCGUGUUGGUGCGCGAGUAAUACCACAAAUGGCACUGUGGUGAUGAAAAUUGUCAGGCCGGAGGACGGAGUCAGGGUGGAUCCCAGGAUUUUGCUUAGUAAUUACAAUCAGGACAGAAAAGAAAAAGGGAAGAAACAAAUGCAAGUGGACGACAAAGAAAUGUAUAACGUUUCAGAAGCUGAAUCUUACAACAGGGAAAUCACCUUCCCAAGAUCAUUGGAGGUCAUUCCGGAUAUUUUGUUGAAAAUACAAAAUGAAGAUUGCGUUAGAGAUACCACGAUUGCACUUGAGGCAAUGACUCGACGUGAAAGAUGGACCUUGGAAAUGUUCGAUUCGUUUCCAAAAUUUCCAGUCGGAAUUCUAUCUGGUAAUCACUAUCAAUUAGGGAACUUCGAUGAAUGUAUUAAAGUACAUCAACCAGCUACGGACGAUGACUCCAGAAGAAUUCGUGGUCAGUAUUGCCUGACAGACAUUUAUUUUAAUAAUGGAAGAACUCACACUUAUAACAUGAUCCACGCGAUGGAAAAGACAAAUUCCAGAUACAGCUUCAACAAUUCCAUUGUACAUUGGGGCAUCUGCGUGCCGCAAUCCUGCACCAAAAACGAUUCGAUUAUAUUCGUCGAAGAAAUUUUUAAAUCGGUAAUGCAAAAUGUUGAAAUUGUUGAAGUAAGCAUUGGGGAAAAUAAAUGCACAGUAAGCAGAGCAAUUUCACUGAACAAAUUGGAAAUUGUUUAUGGGUGUGCCAUUGGCGUAUUUGUGAUGUUCAUAAUCUUUGCAACAAUAUUUCACUGUUGGUCACUGAGACGUCGACAAAAUUAUGUAGCAUAUAGUGUGGAUUCUGUACGAGAAAACACAAGUACCCUGAAAGAAGUAGUGCUAAGCUUUUCCUUGAUCAAAACUGUUCAAAAACUUUUACACAAUACUCCAUCUGAUUUGAAUCUCGAAUGCAUCUAUGGCAUAAAAUUUAUCUCUAUGGUUUUCAUCAUUGCCGGGCACACGUUGAUUUUUGUAGUUGGCGGACCUAUGGAUAACGUGAAUUUCAUCAAAGAGGAAGCACCAAAAGCCCAAAACGCCAUAUUCUUCAAUAGUGCCUUAUUGGUAGACACGUUUUUGAUUAUUAGUGGAUUUUUAAUGUGCCGGUUGCUGUUAAUUGAAUUGGAUAAAAGACGGGGAAAGAUUAAUUUUGUUAUCCUUUAUGUUGCCAGAUACAUUAGAUUGACACCUUCUUACCUUGUAGUUAUUGGAUUUUAUUGUACAUAUUUAAUAUAUAUUGGCUCGGGACCGUUUUGGGAUUCAAGGAUUGGAUUAGAAAAAGAACGUUGUUUGAACUCCUGGUGGACGAAUUUAUUGUACAUCAAUAAUUAUAUCAAUACUGAAUAUUUAUGUAUGUUCCAGUCGUGGUAUUUAGCAGUAGAUUACCAUUUAUUUAUUGUUGCACCAUUCAUAAUCUAUCCUCUAUGGAAAUGGUCAAAAAUUGGUGAAACUAUUUUAGCAUUUUGUAUAAUACCAUCUUUAAUAUUACCAUUUUGGUUAACGUAUCAAAACAAAUUAGAUCCCACACUUCUUGCGUUUCCUCCUGAAGUAAGUGACUUGUCAACAAAUACGUACUUUGCAAACUAUUACAUAAAAACUCACAUGAGGACUAGUUCUUAUUUCAUAGGUAUUUUGUUUGGUUACAUCAUCCACAGACUUCAAAGUUCUGGCACCAAAAUUCCUUCUUAUGUAAUUUGGAUAGGUUCAACUAUUGCUGGAAUUGCGGCUGUGUUGUCCAUGUACUCAGUUACAAUAUUUUUUAUGCCUGCUCAUGAGAAAGAUGUUAUUGAAAAUUCCAUUUACGCUCCUCUACAUAGAGUCGCAUGGUGUGUCGCAAUAGGAUGGAUACUUGUUGUUUGUAUUACAGAAAAUGCAGGGACUAUAAAUAAAUUUUUGUCGUGGAAAUGCUUUAUUCCAUUGAGCAGACUGACUUAUUGCGCAUAUCUCAUUAAUGGUUUUGUUGAGAUCUACCAUGUUGGUACUAUCAGACAAAACACAUACAUGAACGUAUAUCAACUUGCUUGUACAGUUUUAGCACACUUAAUAAUAACAUUCUUCCUAGCUUUUAUCAUUUGUAUCUUAUUUGAGUCACCUAUUCAUGGACUUGAGAAAAUUCUAUUAAGUAAAAAUAAAUUUGAGGCACAGCAUCAGACUCGUAGCACGAAUGUAAGGCACAUGGAAGAGAGAUAACAAUGAACUGAUUUUUAUUUUGUAUAUAGAAAAUGUAAAAUAGUUUUUAGAUAAAUUAUUGAUUAACUAGGUAAUAUAUUAUCUAAUAGAUAAUUAUGAAUAAAAAGAAACUAUUAA